GCUAUGAAGUGCUUGCCUGCCUCAUGUGAAGAGGCAAGAAAAUGAGGGAAUCGUCACUGAGCCGUUGAACCGUAGAGGAGUUUCUUGGACAGGUGUCUCAAAGAGGAACUCUGUCUCAACUGAAUGACUCAUCAGACAAUGCAAAAAGCUGGAACUUAUCCAAAUGUGACAAUUUUUUUUAAAGUGUAAGUGAGACAGCAGGAAGGAAGUCAUGACACGGCAAUGAGCAGAAAUACUGUCUGAGAGAAUACGGCCAGACAUGCUGACAACAACCUGGCAUAUUCGUGCCAUCUGACUGCUACAAAGAAAAGUGCUUUUAAUGCAGAAGAGAUGUGUGGCAUCACUGAGGAGCAGAACCUACCCGGGUGAUGCUUGGCAGCCAUUAUGUAUCAACAGCCUCAUACACACCAGAUCAAACCACUGAACACAACAUGUGACAGCAAAGCAGAAGAAAGUACAUGGUCCUGAAGUCUCUUGUGGAGGACAUAUGUCAUUUCAAAGGAACUGUCAGAGACCACAUCAUCUGAAGGAAGUCCUAUCCUUCAUGGCUUAAAACUACAUGUUGCUGAUGCUUGCCAAAAUGUGAGGUAAACUACAGUGCAUAAGAUGACUACAAGAACUCUGAGACAGGAGGACACAGAAAAUCGAAGAGUGCAGAAAAUGGUGAUAUUUUUAUACAAAAUAUCAAUAAGGAGACAGAGCUGGGAAAACAACCAAAGUACCAAAACCACGGGAGAAACUUUAAUGGAAAUGAAAAGCAAAACCACUAAAAUUCCAGAAGAGGAGAAACUCAACCCCAACAACAAUGAGAAGGACAUCGCAGAGACGCUUUCCGAGUACAGAAGCCGAUGGAGGUCAAUUCGAGUCAUGUAUCUCACAAUGUUUCUCAGCAGUGUCGGUUUUUCCAUUGUGAUAACAUCAGUUUGGCCAUAUCUUCAAAAGAUUGACGACAGUGCUGAUGCCAGUUUCCUGGGCUGGAUUGUGGCAGCGUACAGUCUUGGGCAGAUGGUGGCAUCCCCUCUGUUUGGCCUGUGGUCCAAUCACAGACCCAGGAGAGAGCCUAUCAUAAUCUCCAUAAUAAUCAAUGUGGCAGCCAACAUCCUGUACGCUUAUGUGCACCUGCCCACUUCACACAACAAGUACUACAUGCUAAUAGCUAGAGCCUUCGUGGGCUUCGGAGCAGGGAAUGUGGCCGUUGUGAGAUCUUAUGUUGCUGGGGCGACGUCUCUCAAGGAGAGAACCAGUGCGAUGGCAAACAUGAGUGCCUGCCAAGCCUUAGGGUUCAUAUUGGGUCCAGCUUUACAGGCAUGUUUGUCUUUUAUUGGAGAGACUGGCGUGUCCUGGGACCUUAUUGCUCUGCAGUUCAACAUGUACACCUCACCCGCCUUGCUGGGUGCGCUGUUGGGUGUUGUAAAUAUUCUUCUUGUGGUCUUCGUGUUAAGGGAACAUCAUGUGGAUGACUAUGGGAGAUGCAUUAACCCCAUCAACUGUGUCCCAGAAGACACAGUCACGUCUUGUCAUUCAGAGAGAGAGAGCACGACAGGGGAAUCCAGUGGCAGUAUUGACCAAGUUGCCGUGGUGACGUUAAAUGUCCUGUUCUUCGUCUUCCUUUUCAUUUUUGCAGUCUUUGAAACGAUAGCCACACCCUUAUCCAUGGAUAUGUUUGCCUGGACAAGGACAGAAGCUGUGCUGUACAACGGCAUCAUAUUGGCAUGCAUUGGGUUUGAAUCCAUCCUGGUGUUCCUUGCCGUGAAGGUGAUUUCCCCAAGAAUUGGUGACCGUUUAGUUCUUCUUGGGGGAACAGUGCUCAUUUUUUGCGGGUUCUUCAUUUUGCUACCCUGGGGGAACCAGUUUCCUCAGAUUCAAUGGACAGAUCUCCAGAACAGCUCCAGCGCUGGGUCAUUACAAGGUGGCUUCAGCUCAGUCCCCCCUGUGCCUUCAAACUCCUCAGUUGAGCCCACGGGCUGCCCAUCCGAGCAGACCUGGUGUCUGUACACGCCAGUCAUCCACCUGGCGCAGUACAUCACCUCCGACUUCCUCAUCGGAAUGGGCUACCCUGUCUGCAACGUCAUGUCCUACACACUCUACUCCAAAAUCCUUGGGUCCAAGCCACAGGGAGUGUACAUGGGCUGGCUGACCGCCUCAGGCAGUGGAGCGCGGACACUGGGCCCUGUUUUCGUCAGUCAGGUGUACACCAUCCUGGGACCUCGCUGGGCUUUCAGCCUCGUCUGCGGACUUGUCCUGGCCACCACUGUCCUCCUGGUAGCCACGUAUAAAAGACUUAUUGCUUUUUCUGUCAGAAGUGGACACAUACAAGAAUAGCCACCUUUGGACUACUAAGAACAUGUUUUCAUUUUCCCUGAGCUUGAGCGGGUGACACAGGUGAAGACGUUUGCCCAGGACCAUGCAUUCCAUACUGUGAAGUGGGUAGUGCUGUAGAUCAUAUCCAUGCACUUUUAUCAUUUUAUCGACUCCUUUUAUCAUUUAGCAACAAGAUUGAUGAAGUUGGAAUGUUAAGUGCUGUCUUCAGUAGCGCUGCUUAAGACUCUUAGGCUUUUGCCUUGUUAAACAUGCAGUAUUGUUAUUCCUUUAACACAUAUUAUGGUUCUUCAAUCCAUCCACUUUCUCAACGCUUCUUCCAAUUCCGGGUCAUGGGGCAGUGGAAAUCUAUCCCAGCAAGUAUUGGGCACAAGGCAGGAUAGGGCACCAGUCCAUCACAGGGCUGAUUGACACACACUCACACCAGGGCUACUUUUUGCCUGAAGCCAGGUGACCUACCAGUAUGUCUUUGGACUGUGGGUGGAAGCCCAUGAGAACAGCAAGACAACAUACAAGUUCCAUGCAAAGUACAUGUAAUAUAACUGCAAAUGUGCAAUAUGUUUGAAAAUAUAGAUAAUUCUUAAUCUAAAAUAGUAAGACACUUAUUAGUGACUGAAAAUACUGUGCAAUUAUACAUACUAGUUUAUGGUUGGACUACAGGGUAAUAUAAGCAAUUUGUUAUAACACUGACAACACAAACUACUUAUUAAGAGGGUUUAUUAUGAUUCAGAUCGUUUUCAGAUCAGAUUUGCACAGCUCCCUUUUAAGUUAUUUUUUCAGUUCUUGUACAUUUUAGUUCUAUUGCAGUCACCAUGCUCUUUCUCUUUACAUUUUUGCUUGAGUGGCUAAUUUUUGGUUUAGAAUUUAAGCGAAAAUGUGGUACUGGCACAUUCCUUUAAAUACACAGAAUACUGUAUAGUUGAGGUGUCAUUGUGCAUCUCAGUGCCUGUUCUAACCUGAGACUAACAGGUCAUACACUAAAUGUGUGAAGGAAUGAAGACAUACAUUAUAGGAAAAAUAUGAUUUUUGUUUUACCACACUAUCUUCCUACAACUCAUUCCCGUACUUCAAAAACUGCCCUUGUUUUCCAAUGCUUUUUUUUUCAGAUUCAUGUUUAGAGAACAACCUGUGGUUCAACCAUGGAAACUUAACUUUUUUAGAGUAUGGAUUUGUAUAUAGUACAGAUAGCAUUGUAAAUAUAAAUUAACAUAGGAAUGUCAGCCAACAUGGGAAAUUACUGAAAAGCUGCUGUAAAUUAUCAUGCAUUAAACCAAAGACUGUAUAUAUAGCAUACAUUUAGCAACAUGUAAAUUAAUUUAAUCAAUUUCCUUUCGGGAUCAAUAAAGUCUUAUCUAAUCUUUCUUCUUUACAUACCCUUAACAUGGAAGAUUUGAUGAAAGUUGAAUGCUUUGUGAUAUGUUUAAACUUUGUACGAGAGGAGAGGGUGAUAAAACAUUAAUGGAAUGCACAUUUUUAGUAAUGGCUUUACUAAUCUGAACUUUUAAAAUUUAACACACAAGGAAUUAAAAUACAACAUAGGUUAGAAUUAUUCCAUGUAUUUUAUGUGUACAUGGUAAAGUAAAGUAAACUUUUUGGAGGAAUCUGGUAUCAUAUGGUAGCAGAACUGACUCUGAAAGGGAGUCAGUGCUGUGAUCAGAGAUACAGUAGUUCCUCAAUACUAUGGAGUGCCUGAAGAAACUGUGUUUCGGGGGUGGGUCUGUUCAACUCUUAUCUACUGUGUUGCGGAAGAAAAUAUGGCUUGCGUGUCCUAAAAAGAUAGCCACCCAGCACUGGUAUCCUCCCCAUUCCGUUCUGUAACACCAGUGGGUACUUUUAUUUCUUGACGUCUUAUAUACAGUAUAGAACAUCUACAGUUUGGGUACACAGAGCCAUAGACAGGAGGUGUGGCAGCAGACAAGAUCAAAGUCCAAAAUACUGCUUGCUGAUGAGAACCUUUGGGGUACGCCCGCUUGUCUGGGAGGAGGGGAGCAUGAGAGAAAAUUGUUUUUGUAUUGUUUUUCCCACAAAAUAAAUGCAAACACAAAAAAUUA